AUGGAACGAAUGGUUGAGUUUAUGCUAGCUCAGCAAGCCCAGAACCAAAACCAAGGGCAGCCACGGGUAGAUUUUGCUAAGGCAAUAGCAAACCGACAACCACCGUGUUACGCUAGAGAAAAAGUUCCGGUGAGUUUGGAGGAAUGGAUCAGGACGUUCAAUAAAUUGCUUAACGUAGUAAAUUGUCCUGCGAAUCAACGAGUACCUUCCGCGGUCUAUUACCUGACGAAAGCCGUAGACAAUUGGUGGGUAACAGUUGGACCUGACCUCCUACAAGACCAAGAGUUUGGUUGGGAGGAAUUCAAAGUGGAAUUGAGAAGACAAUUCUACACCGAUCGUAUUAAAGGGAUUAAAUGCGAGGAGUUUCUACGACUAAAGCAAAAGGGAGCAAAUAUCCAAGAAUACCAUGACAAAUACGUGGAGCUGAUGCGUUUCGCUCAAGAGAUUGUGCCUGAUGAAGCGAGUAAGGCACGAAGAUUUGUUCGAGGAUUAGAUUGGGAUGUAAGAAGGGCGAUUUCACCAUUCAUGUGCUCUACUCUGAAAGAGGCGUACGAUAGAGCCUCGGAUCAUUAUCAGGUGUACUUGGACCAACAGGAAGUUUACGGCCGAAACAAAAGGAAGGCUGAUGAUAAAUCACGGAAGUUCCCGUUGGGAAACAAGAAAGCUAACAAAGGUAGCUUUAACCCAAUACGAGGAAGAGGAAGGGAAGGAAUCAAUCAGGGAAACCGUCCUGCUUGCCAAAGAUGUGGAAGGAAUCAUCCCGGAGAAAAUUGUCAAGGAAUGAAGAUUAAGUGCUUCAAGUGUGGUCUUUUUGGACACAAGUCCUUUGAGUGCCAAAGUCAGAUAGACAGUCCCCAAAAACCCCUACAGAAGGUAGAGUUUCAACCUAUGGGUAAAACUUUACAGUAUCUAGCGGGUGACGACCCUCCAGCUCCGGCUUAUGCUCCUAUCCUAUUCAUGCUCCUGUUCACCCGGUUGUACCUGUCUGUCCUCCUGCUCCCAGUAGUCCAUUGA